CUUGCACGAGUCCAGUACCAAGUAGUCGCGUGACGCGGCAAAACGUGUUAGCGGUUGAAUUUAUUUUUACCAUUUACUUAGUUUUCUUUUAUAAACUAUUGCUGAUAUUAAACGUAGUUUUGUCUUCUAUUUUAUUGCUGCUUUUUAACUUUUGAUUCGGAAUAACAAUAAGUUUAGUGUUGUGUUUGUUUACAAAAUACAUAUUGUUCGGUUGUUUAGAUCGUAAGAAGAAAAACGAAAAAUUUGCCGGUUGUGCGCAUGCUCAACAAUGAUUGUGUGUAAAGUGUUGCUUGUACAAUUACUACUAGUAAUAAUAAAUAGUACGACCGUCCGCCCGCCCGACCGCUAUAACUGUUACUUAUAGUAUUCGUGCAACAAACGGUUGAGUGUUGGACGAAAAAGUGUUGCGUGUAUAAUUGUGAGAAUUCAUUUGAAAGUGCUGCACAAAUAGUAUAAAAAAUAAAAAUAUAUAAUAACAACAAAUGUAUGUGUAUUCACAUUAAUUGGUGAUUAUCUGUCAUAGUAGAGAAAGAUGUGCAUUCAUCGUAUGUAGGAACAAUUUUUAUUACAAUCACAACAAAAAUAAUAAUAACAAUAUAGAGAACGACGACGACAACAUAAAAAAUAAAGAGCCCAGUAUUUGGGAUGUAACAUGUGCGGGAAAAUAAAUUGUUGCACGACGGAAUUUCUAGCCAUUAUCAGUGGAGGUUUUUGCUGAGUUGCAAUCAAAUCAUCUUUGUACAUUGUUGUUGCUUUCCUAGAGAUUUGCCCACACUACAACAGAACUACUUACAUACUAUAGAUAAAAUACAAAAACAAAUAAUAUAAAAAAAUAAAAACAAACUUAACCAAGUAGAGGUGCAAAAGCUCAUCUAAGGUGUUACCCAGUGUUGAUGAAUGCUUGCACGCCGUCACCAUGGCAUCAAAUGUCGUUUAUUCUGACAACUGACACAUCUUGAACAGCAUAACGAACGACAAACACGGCCGUAUGUUUGCGGAUAAGCCAACAGAGAACAAGUGAUUUUGCGCGCUAGGGUGUGUACUACUGACAAUUGUAAAUGCUCGAGUGCGGUGGUGUCUGUCGCCCAAUUAAAUUGCCAUAAAUAACACACACAUUGUAACUAGACACUAUCGGAUGUGCACAGCUAUUUUUUUAAAUUUCAAAUGCUACAAACCUAUUAUUGUUGUUUGAUUUUGGGCAUGGCAUCUAGAGACAAAGUGACACAGUAAGAAGUACAAAAAAAUGUUUUUCUAAACUGCAAUUUCGCCACAAUAUCACACUCUCACGCAUUUGUUUUAUGCAGCGUCUAAACCCGAUCAGCCGGAUGUGUUAUGCUGGCUUUUCCACGGGUGGUGUCAAUUAGAGACAAUUGAAAAUCUGAUUUGGAUUAAGUACGCAGAUUUCAUACGCAGUUGCUCUGUUAGUUUUUUUCUCAUUCAAACAUUUAGUGCUUGGGAUUUUUUUGUGCGGAGGAUGGCCAUUCGAGUGCUUUUUCGCGGAUAGUAAAAAGUAAAAACAAAAGACUUAAAAAAUCGUUUGUUUCCGAGGUGUCCUAUGUUUGUCUAUUGUGUGUAUGAUUUUCGUUUGUUUGUUUUUCAAGUAAAUAUCAUUAAAAUAAAACUUCCCAAGAAAUUGUGUUACGCGCAAAAAAAUCGUAAUAAGUUUUUGUUCGUUUGUAUGUACAUACCCACAAGUCGGUUUAUAUAGUGUAGCUGUAAGUAAAUUGGGAAGUUUGCACAACGUGUAUGUUUUUGGUGUUGCAUACAACAAGUAGCGCGUAAGCUUUCUGCUUCAUAAAUUUUAAGUUUAUGGAUUUAAAGAAGACGCGCUUGCGCUAUGCCUGUAUCGAGAAAGCAACAUCAACAAUAACAACAAAAGUAACUACCUAACAACAUAAAGCAUAAUACAUAUUUAUAAUAACAAUAUAAAUUAAGAAUCGUUGCUAUUUCCAUUGCUCCGUUGUGUUGCCGCCCUAGUUGAACGUCACGCAUUGUAAACGCCAGCGUAUCCCACAUACGUACGAAAACGUAUUGUUCGUAUCAUUUCUCCGCAUGUGUUGUGAUAUAAAGUUGGAUUUUGAUUUGUACUUGCACAAUUUUUGAUGAAUUUUUAUUAUUUCUACACAUUUUUUUUUUACAUUUUGCUGUGCACAGUUUUGUUGUUGCACACACACACACUCUUUGCGGCGUUGAGAAUAUGUUUCGGUGAACUGUAUCAAAAAUACUGUUGAUGCAAGAAAAGUGAAAAAUAAAAUUUAGAUGGAUGAACGUAUGAUCGUGUAUCUGAUUGUAUGGAUAUAAUAAUCAUAAAGAAAAGCUAACAAAACUUGCAACUGCUGUUAGUUGAACGUGUGUGUCGUAGAUGUUUGCUACAUCAUAUAAACAAACAAUACAUACAUAUAUAAGGUGAUUGUUGAACGAACAUACAGACAAUAGUUAAAUGCAUGAAAGAAAUUAAAAGAAAAUCGUAAACUAUUUUAACUAACAACAACAACGACGUCAACAAUAAGGAAAGUGUUCAACAGUUGUCAUUGCAUUAAAAGCAACAUUUAUUUCUUAUUACCGCUGUUGCACCGUGCUGCAUGCAUGCAUGCAUUACAUCAGUUUUGUGCAUUUUUUCUUUGCUAUUCUGUUAUAGUUUGCCAAAUAGCACUCAUUGAAGAAUUACCUACUAACAACAUUUGCAACAAUAAUAAGAGCAGCCGCAUAUUGUCGCUUUAACAAAAUAGAAACAAACUGCAAUAACAACUGCCACCGCCAAUACGAUCAACAAAAUACAAACAAAAAAAAAACAAUACUUAAUAGUAAUCUUCAAUUGUCUUCAUCAAAGAAACAAAUAAAAGAAAAAAACACUAAGCUAAAUCGGUGCAACAAUUUCAAAUCGGCAACAGGCGGCAGCAAUCAUUAUUUUGUAAGCUGUUUUACAAUUUAAUGGUUUUCAUGAAUGGACUUGGGCCAGACCCUCUGCCAGCAAAGGAGGCAGAGGGCCCUCCCGUUCAAGUAGAACCAGUAGAUUUAAGCUUACGUUCACCAAGAGGAUCUCAAAGUUACAAAUCAGCAACUCAUAUUAAAAAUAACUACAGUUCAACUCCAUCAGCCGCAAUAUCAGCAACGAAUCUUCUACGAAGUAACAUUUGUUCAAAUACUACAAAUAGCAGUCGAAAUUCUCAAUAUUCUUCAGCGUCACCAUUUUCAUCAUCAAGCAAUUCAAUGGUUACAAAUCGUCAAUAUUCAUCAUUUUCUAGCGCUUCGGCGGCUGUCACAAAAAUGCCAAUUCCACCGUUUUUAGCAGCAUCCCCAUUUCUUUUUUCAUAUCGCAGACUGAAGGAUGAAGCAAAUAAUAAUCUCGGAUAUAUGAAUAGUAAUCACAGUAAUGGCAGUAGUUCUACAUCCUCGCAAAGUUUAAGUCCACACAAUGCUAGUAUAGUGGCUUCAUCGUUCCAUGCACAUUCGCCGGUCGGAUCGUCAACCUCUUCAUUUUCAAGUGCCAACUCUGCUGGCAACGGAUCAUUUUUACAAGACUACGAUCGCAAAUUUAGCUUAUUAAGUCUAUUUAAAAAUCCAUACAAAUACACUGACCGCAGAAAUACUGCACAGAUUCCAACAGGUUUUGGAGGUGCAGCUGCAGCAAUUAGUUCUGCAUUUCCGAUGGCAAGUCCAGGCUUGUCUGCUUCAGCUUUUAGUUCUACGGCGCAUACUGUAGCCAUAAGCCAUAAAAUUCAACCAACAAACUCAUCGAACGCAUCGCCAUGGAAACUUAUGGCCGAAGCCCACCAAAGCUCUCCGUUUAGCCAUUCUUAUCAGGGAGCAUUUAGUGCAAUGACUACCUCCGAUGGAAGUAAUCGAAAGAAUGCUUUUAGUAGCAUCGUUUCUGGAGGCAGUACUACCUUUGCUCGUUCUAAUGAUACUAGCACAAAUAGCAGUGCAAAUGGUUGCAGUGAUCCAUCUAAAAAUCGCAAGGUUCAUAAAUGUGACAAUGAAGGUUGCGACAAAGUAUAUACAAAAAGUUCUCACUUAAAAGCCCACAAGCGAACUCAUACAGGUGAAAAACCAUAUGUUUGUACUUGGGAAGGAUGCGUUUGGCGCUUUGCUCGAUCCGAUGAACUUACCCGCCAUUAUCGUAAACACACUGGUGUUAAGCCAUUUCGUUGUCAAUUGUGUACAAGAUCGUUUAGUCGUUCCGAUCAUCUAUCUUUGCACAUGCGAAGACAUUGACUAUAUAAUGUUUUAGACAAAUUACACUUAUAGCAAAAUAAAAUCACACACACCUAGCUAAAUUGUAUUGUUAAGAUUUAUGUAAAUUUUAUUUAUAUUUACUAUUUAUUUAUUUAAAAUAACCAAUUAAAAAUACUCAUACUAAAUAGUUUCAAAACGUAUCGUAGUUAAAAAACAAAGGACAUCGUGUUGUUUUAAGGAAUAGGAAUUGUGUUCAAACCCCACAUAUCAUAUUUUUCAGAUAAUGAAAUUUAGAUGCCUAGUAAUUCAACCGGACGUUACACGAUCAACUUUUGUUUCCCAAGUUUCACUUUAUUACUAAUAUACUCAUAAUUUUUAAAAUUGAAACAAACAUGCUUUUUAAGUUUUCUUUCCAGCUACUGUUUUAGUUUUACCAUCAAUAAAUCAACUAAUUAUAAUUUCAUGAAUUAUUUUUAUUUCUUCUCCUGAAAAUAAUCUUUCGGCUCAAUUUUUAGUUUAAAAUAUGAGCUAUUAUUAUUUUUUUAAUUUUAGUGUUAAAAAACAAAUUCAAAAUAUUUUGUGAGAAUUAAAAGAGACUCUAACCUCCAAUAACACAAUGUCUAUUUAUUCUUUAUCUUAAGGUUAAAUUGACAGUUUUCAUACAAAAAAUAUUUUAAUCGGCAGAAUAACUUUCGGUUAAACGAUAACCAGAGGUGGAGUUAACGGGGCUAAGACAUAUAGUUGUUCAUAUAGGCGAAACUGAAGCGGUUGUCAAACAAGCAUUUUUAUUCUCUUCACACAGACGAACUCUCUGAAAAUAAAACAAACUUAUGCGCUCACAAAGCUUUAAUUUUUUUCACAAAAUUGCGAGGAUAUUAGCACUUAGUAGUUUUUCUUAUCACCUUAACUUAAUGUAUUUAACAAUGAAUAAUAAGAAAUUGGACUAUGACAUUGUUUUACAACAAUAACAUAUCCUUUACACACAGACGAGUUUUGUGAGAAUUCAACACACUGAGGAAAGUCCGACCUUCUCAGAAUACGUCAAAACUUUUUCGCGAAAAUGUGAAUAUAAUUUACAUCCUGUACCUUUUCUUACACACACAGCACAUUUUUAUUUUUUUCCCUUUUUUCACCGUUUAAGAGCCCGAAAUUGUCUUAUUUUUUUAUUUUUUUUACAAUUAAUUUUUGAGGAAUUUUAAUAAAACUAGAAAAUAAACGAAGUUGUAAAUUUUGGUAUUGAAAAUGGAUAAUAAAUAUAAAAUAAUCAUUAUGUUUUGCAAACAUGAGAUUAAAUUCAAAUAUGCAAUAAAAUGAUUAAAAAAUAUAUGAAAGCAUAAAUUUACAUGUUUUAUAUUUUUCCUAAAAUAUUUAAAUACGUUUUUAUGCAACUAUGUAUGGAAUCAGUGGUGAAAGUGGUUGGAACUACAAUACUUAUACAAAAAUUAUACUAAUACAUUCUUAGGGUUAGGUACCGAAUGACAACUCCUUUCGGUAUUAACUGACAAGCCCCAAUAUCUUUAUAUUAUUUGGCAUUAAAAGUAUUUAAGACCCCGAAAAUAAUUUAUAUUUUACAAACGAAAAGAAAAAUAUUUUUAUUCUUUGACAAUUCCUUUUAAUAAUCACUGAAAAAA